ACCAGACAGCAGCAGGUACAUUUUGCCCGAGUCAUGCCUUAGAGAUAAAUGACAUUUCCCUCAUUCCUGAGGCAAGUGCUGUAUCCUCCUCUUCCUUGCGGCUCUGUUCAGUGUGCCGUGACUGCGUCCUGCUUCCCCUGGCAGACUUCUGUGGGAUCAGCGGAGUCUCGGAGCUGGCACAGUGACCUUUUCAACACCAAUAUCUUGUCCUUUGAACUCCAGUGCUUGUACAGCACUACCCUGCUGCUGCGAAGGUUGGAGACCGGCCGUGACCAUGUCCUGCCUAUUGACUAUUACUUCCCACCUCAGAAGACCUGCCUGAUCUGUGGAGAUGAAGCGUCCGGGUGCCAUUACGGAGCCCUCACGUGUGGGAGCUGCAAAGUCUUCUUCAAACGGGCGGCUGAAGGCAAACAGAAGUACCUGUGUGCCAGCCGGAACGACUGCACCAUCGACAAGUUCCGACGGAAAAACUGCCCCUCCUGCCGCCUGCGGAAGUGCUACGAGGCCGGGAUGACGCUCGGAGCCCGCAAGCUGAAGAAACUGGGUAACCUGAAGACACAGGAUGAGGUGGAGGCAGGCAGCUCAUCCAGCCCCACGGAGGAGCAAGCUCCCAAGCUGGUGAUGACACGCAUCGAUGGCUACGAGUGCCAGCCCAUCUUCCUCAACGUCCUGGAGGCCAUCGAGCCCGGCGUGGUGUGUGCUGGCCACGACAACAGCCAGCCAGACUCCUUCUCCAACCUGCUGACCAGCCUGAACGAGCUUGGGGAGCGGCAGCUGGUCUACGUGGUCAAAUGGGCGAAGGCCCUGCCAGGAUUUCGCAACCUGCAUGUGGACGACCAGAUGUCAAUAAUCCAGUACUCUUGGAUGGGCCUCAUGGUGUUUGCUAUGGGGUGGAGAUCCUUCACCAACGUCAAUUCCAGAAUGCUUUACUUUGCUCCAGACCUGGUCUUCAAUGAGUACCGCAUGCACAAAUCCAGGAUGUACAGCCAGUGUGUCAGGAUGAGGCACCUCUCCCAGGAGUUCGGGUGGCUUCAGAUCACGCCCCAGGAGUUCCUCUGUAUGAAGGCUCUCCUUUUCUUCAGUGUUAUUCCAGUGGAUGGCCUGAAGAACCAGAAGCUCUUCGAUGAGCUCCGCAUGAAUUACAUUAAGGAACUUGACCGUAUCAUCGCCUGCAAGAGGAAGAACCCCACCUCCUGCUCCCGGCGGUUUUACCAGCUCACCAAGGUCCUGGACUCCGUGCACCCGAUUGCCAAGGACCUGCACCAGUUUACAUUUGACCUGUUAAUCAAGGCACACAUGGUGAGCGUGGACUACCCGGAAAUGAUGGCUGAGAUCAUCUCUGUGCAGGUUCCCAAGAUCCUGUCUGGAAAAGUCAAGCCUAUCUACUUCCAUGCACAGUGAUCUUCCAUAGGGACCCCCGAGCUGCCUCCCCCAUUCCAGCCAUCUCCUGCCUGUUAUUUCUGCACUACUGUCCUGCAGUGCCUUGGGGAAUCCCUCCGCAGUGGUGGCCGAGGGGACAGGCAGUGACAGACCUGCUGGGAUUCCUGAGAUUUCUGUUUUCCUGAGGUACCUCUGAACUGAACCCCCGGCCUCGGCCUCAGCCCAGCUCUGGCUGCUUGUGGUGAUGGACAGGGACUGGCACGGAGCAGCAGGACCCCGCCUACUCUCGUCUCUGUGUCACCGUGACUCCAGUGGCCCAGGGCCACAGAAGAGUGGGAGAAGUGCCAGUAGUUGGUGGGUUUGGGGUGUUUUCUAUACGCAGAACAUGACAUGAAGCAGGUUGCAGCUCCGCGUUUGGCUGUAGGUGAUGUUACCGGCCUCCUUUGGGAUGUUUUGUUUGCAUUAUGGUGCUGGGAAGCAGAUGAGUUCAAACAUUGCAGCAGAGAAGCAGAGCAGAGCUGGGGGAUGAGGUGAAUUUGCGGCCGAGGAGUUCCCAGGCCCCGGGGCCGCCGUGGGAUGUGUCUGGCCAGCCUGGCCCCGGGACCCGCCUGCGCCGCCGGGACACGGGCGAUGGAGCGGAUGGGCUGCAGCCAAAGGCUGCCGAGGAAGAUGACCUUGGAAACCCCCCAAUGGCAGCUGGCUCCUGUUUUCCACCUAGGAUGUUUGUGCUACAGCCUGUCUGGGUCUCAGUCUGUCCCGCAGGCCCCCCGGUGCUCGGCAGUCAACAUUCCCAUCCUUGCCAGCUGCUGCUCCCUCACAAAGCCAAACCCACCUCCAGAAGUGCCUGAUGCCCUCGGAGCUCCCACCUGCCUGGCCACCCUGGGCCCCUGCAGCCCCUGCCCAGCCCCAUGCCCGUUCUGCUGCUGCCGCUCUCCGCAGACCCUGGAUUCCUGCUGCGCUCCUUCCCUUCGUUUGUCCCAGCUCUUGUUUGCAAUGCUAUGGAGCCAAGAGGGGGCCAGGAUCUGCGGGGCCUGUGGAGCCACGGGACUCCUCCGUGAAUCCCAUCUGUGGGGAAGCAGCUGUGGGAACUGGCCGGUGCCACCACGGUGCUUUGGGGGGCUGGAAAGGAAGAACCAACCCUCAUGUACUCGCUGUCCCACGUACAUGGUGCCACACACACUGUCACACACACACUGUCACACACACUGUCACACACACACUGUCACACACACACACUGUCACACACACACUG